GUAGACAAUCAGCGUAAGGAUCUGGACAUGAACAACAAUGAUAUCGAUGCUGAGAAGAUGACUCGUUUCAUCCGGAUCAACGAGCUCCGCCUGGUGACAGAGUACACCCCUGUGACAGCAAUAGGUGUGAUGCAGAGUUCGUUCCAGCUUCACCUUCUCCUGAUCACAGACAAAACAUCCCCAAAGUACCCCGAGCAAAUGCGCAGAUAUCGGGAGGCAGCAGAGCUCUUCAAGGGAAAGAUUCUCUUUAUCCUGGUAGACAUUAAUUUGAAGAGCAAUGAACGAACAGUGUCAUUCUUCAAACUGAAGAAGUCCCAGCUGCCAGCUCUGGCUAUAUUCAAUGCACCAGAUGAGGAGCAGGAUGUCUUGACUCUGGAUGAAGUCUCCGUUGAGCGCGUACAGGACUUCUGUAACGGUUUCUUAGAAAGAAUGGAGAAGGGAGAAGAGGAACUUGAGGAGAAGGCUCCCAAUGAGGAACUAUGA